AGUCGCGGUCCGGGGCGGAGCGAGCAGGCACGGCACGGCUCUCACCUCCCCCCGGCGGCGUGGCCGGCGGUUACUAAGCCUGGAGGGAGCUGGGUGCGGGUGAGGAGGAGGGGCCGGCGCGGGGCUACCCGCGGAGGGCGCCACGCCUUUGCUGCAUUCCACAGGGCCACCCGUGGAGCAUGGCCGGCCGCGGCCCUGGCGGCGGCCCGCAGCCGUCCGCCGUGGCGCAGGCGCUCUCCGGUGGUCACUUGUACCCCUUCGUGAGCGCGGAGAGCGAGGGGCCCGAGGAGGACGGUGAGCUAUCGGAACUGCGGCCGCGGGGCAGGGAAAAGGUCCGGCGGAGCGCGUCGAGGGACAGGCUGGAUGAUAUAGUCCUGCUGACGAAGGACAUCCGGGAAGGGGACACGCUGAACGCGAUCGCACUGCAGUUCUGCUGCUCCGUUGCAGAUAUCAAGAGAGUUAACAAUCUUAUCAACGAUCAAGAUUUUUUUGCCCUGAGGUCUAUCAAAAUUCCAGUGAAAAAGUUCAGUGUAUUGACUGAAACCCAUAUAUAUCCGAAAGGAAAACCAGCUCUUCAGCCUGCUCUGUGUUCCCCAGAAGAUCACGAAACAUCUCUUUGUGAUAAAUUCUCUGCUAAUGAGACUGCUGGCAACUUCUUAAAAGAAGUCGAUCGAGAUAUAGAAGAAAUAGUGAAGUGUAAUGAUACAAAGAGAGAGAAUCUGAAUGAAGUUGUUUCUGCUUUAGCAGCCCAACAGAUCUGUUUUGAAACUGAUAGUAAAACUAAAAAAUGCAAGGAUCCUUACUAUGGAGCAGACUGGGGUAUAGGGUGGUGGACAGCAGUAGUGAUUAUGUUGAUUAUUGGCAUCGUAACUCCAGUUUUUUAUCUCCUCUAUUAUGAAGUUCUAGUGAAAGCAGAUGUCAGUCAUCAUUUUCCAAUGGAAUCUUCCCAUUUGUUUGUCACAGCAGUAUCGCAUCAGAAAGAAACAGAAAAUGGAAUAAAUCCAACAAAUAUUAUGCAAGUUGAUAAUCAAGGAGACCUUCAGCAUUAGUAGUGGAAGACCCUAGACAACUGUUGUAUGUAGAUACAUAACAUAACCUUAGGUAAAGGGGAAUCCACAGAAUGCAAAAUGCACUUGGAACGCAGAGAUGUGUAUUGAUGUGUGACUUGCCUUUAUGGGCAGUGUUCCACUACAAGGAUAUUUCUGGGGAUCACAUAAUCUCUGAAUAUGCCUCAGACAGGCAGUUUGCAAGAUUGGGCUGUAUAUUAAGGUAUGAAGUCAUCGCUGAAGCUUUGCACUUUCUUCUAUUUUGAUAGGCAUGUUUUUUAAUUAAUGAUGAGGUGGAAAAAUAUAGUUCAAACUAACGCACAAGGAGUCUGUGUGUUUUACAGCCCAGAAGUGGGCAUAUGGGGAUAGCUAACUUUUAAACAUCUGAAAGAAUUUACAGAAUUCAUAGUACACUUGACAUUUUAAUACCAGGUUUACAGUUGUAGGUUAAAGUAGUGUUCUCAUAAUUUAACCUUUCUUAUAGAGUAAAAUUUUUUUAAAAACUCGGUCAUUCCAUAAUUAAUAGCCACUAUGAAGUUCUUUUUUACAGAGGCAGUAGAAAACACUUAAACUGGAAUCUUGAAAUCUCGUGCCUAUGGUCAACCCAUUCUUUAGUACUUUUCAGUAUAGGCACUAGGUAAUUUGUUUUCUCUGUGGGAUUCUGUGCUUCAACACAGUCCACUUAGGAGUCCUCCUGAAAAUUUACAUUCUUCCUUGGUUUCCCGCUGAAAACUGACUGCAUUCUCAUCUGGUCACCUGUGUGUAGAAUGAAAGAAGUGAAGAAGUGUGGCACCUUGCUGUAACUGCCCCAGCAGUCCUUAUUUGCUGCUAAUAGAUUUAUCUUUUUCCCCUCCAGUUAAUCUCAGUUCAGGACCAACUGAUUAUUCAGAUAGCAGUCAUGUGGGUACUGAGCAUGCUAAUACUGGUCUUCUGCUGAUGAACCUCAAGCUCUUAACUUUUUCCUGAAGUGUCCUAGAAAACUUCAAAUUAAUCUUAAUGCCUGCUACCAAAUUUGAGCAGAAUAGCCAACUUGCAUCUUCAGACUUGUACUUCAUAUAUUAGUGUAUUCAUUAACCAAUCCCCUCCUAAAUGUUUCUCUUGGAGUUUCAUGAUCAGCCUUGGUUUUCUCCUCUUUUUCUUCCCAAUCUAAAAAUGCUUCAAGAUAAAAACCAAAAAAACACCAUAAAAACAUAAAUAAACCCCCCACACCUCUGGACUCUUCAUACAGAAAGGAGGUACUUGUGUACUCAGAAUACUUUUAAAUGAAAACUGAAAUGGUGCCUAUAAUUAUUUUGGUUAUAUUUGCAUUGUGGAGCAAGAAUUCCAUUGCCCUGUUCAAAAUAGUAUUUAUUACCAAAACCCAAGAUAACAGACUUGAUUAGGAUUUAAAAAGAGAGAAGUGGAAAAACAGCAUCCUUGAAACUACUAUAGUAAUAACCUUUUCAAUGAAUGUCUUGACUAAGUAUAUACAGUACAAAAAGGUAAAGUGAAUGUGUUCUAACUAUUGAGGUAUUCCAAAAUGCUCUGUGAGAUUCUUAGAGUGAAAACUUAGGCCCCAUUUAUUCUUGGGGCACCUGUUUCCCCAAGAAGUGGGGCAGAUGGUCUCCACUGGCCUGCCAAGUGUAUGAACAAGAAUUGGCUAACUUGUGUUAUAUUGACAUUGAGGCAGGCCAGAGCUUGAAGGAAAGUGGUGUAAAGUUAGGUACCUGAACUAUGAUCUAUGACUGUUGAACCUUUUGAUUAAAGGAGCAUCUGUGGAGAUUGUGAGCCUACUCAUAGUCUCCACACUAGAAAAGGAAUUACAACAGCAUGAACUUGAUGGUUUGCAUAACACUUGUUUUCAAAGAUCUUUUAAAAUAGUAGUUCUGUUCUUUUAAGAGAAUAUGCCAGUAAAACAUAAACACUGAUGUAGCAGUUCUAGUCACAUAAAUGGUAUAUGCAAAAAUCCUUCACGAAAUAAUUUAUGGUGGCUAAAGUGAUAUAGCUCUCAUGGUUAAAACUUUAAGAAGUGACUCACUCAGACAUAGUUUUGGCACAUAAAAAAUGUUUUCUAUAUAGGAUGAAACUUGGUAUAUAAUGCGUGAUUUUAUUUGCUGCAUAAUUUUAUUGUUUUGCUUCUUCUCCCAUCAUGUUGCUGAAAACCACCAGUUCUAAUACUUUAUCCUUCCAUUUCUUAUGGAUCCAUCAAAGAACAUUAAAUUAGCUACUGUGAUGAUGCAGCAUAAGCCUAAUAUAUAGCGCAUACCUGAACUUAUGGUUACUAUAUUGCUGUUGGUACCGAAGUGAAAUUAACUGUGGUUGUGGUUCAACUAGGUCAGGAGGUCUGUGGUGGUACAGCUAAAGAGUCCUCUAGUGUGUCCCAGACUUUGCGCUUUUUCCUGUGUCAAAGACCUUGGCUUACUGGCACUGAGUUAAGGGUGAUGUGCCUUGAUUUACCUCAGGAUAAGCAGUCUUCAGAAAAACACAAAGGAGUAGCUAUUUUAUGGGACCAUAUUCCAUUCUAACCAGGAGCUGGGCAUGUUUAUACAUAUAUAUUACGUGGCAUAUUCCACACAGUACAUUUUUAUUUAGAAUUAACUUUAUCAGAAGAUAGAGUAGAACUCUUUUCAAGAUUGUAGCAUUCCUGAAUCUGGUGAUCUACAACCAUCAGCUGGCUUGCCUUGCUGCAGAAUGUGGGGAUCUUUACAGCUUUUUUCUCCAAAGUACAACACAAUGAGUAAUUCAUCAUCACAGCUUGGAAUAAACAGGAUAGCUGCUCUGUGAGGAACUUAAAUCUGAUUCAAGAUAAAAUCUGUGAAGGUAGUCUUCUAGAAACUGACUUCUUAAAUAAACAAAAACAAAGACAAAUAAACUCCAAAAGCAAACAAAAAAGAGCCAAAACCCCCACAAACAUGGAAUAAUUGAGUUGUAAAUCACCUUUUGAAAUAAUUGCAACAUGUUGUUCAGGAAAUGGGUUUGAAACUUAAGUGCAUAUUGCACUGCUGGAUAAUAUAAAAUCUAAAUGUUUUAAGUCUGGUAUACUUCAUAAUAAGUUCUCACAAAUAGUCUUUGUAACUUGUAUAAGGGCUGAAAAUACAACUGUGAAUUACUUAUGAGUGAGGAUGCAAGUCUUAUUUUAAAUACUUCUCUGCUUUUAGAAAAACAUAAGUAAUAUAUGUAAAAUAAAGAUUUUAUUUUAGACUGUGGUGCAAAUGGUGCAUGUAAUAUAUUUUUAGUUCUAUGUACUUUGCAUGUUUUAUUACAGCAGGCUACUACAUGUAUUUGUUUAGGCCAAUUUUUGUGAAUGAUCUACUAUAAAAAUCCUUAGCCAGCAAGUACUGUGUUGGCAGUCUUCAUAUCUAGCAUACCAUAAUUGCAGCCUUUAUGGUUUAUUCUGUUCAUGGCUUGUAAACUUUGAAUGUUUCUGCAUAAAUUUUUGAGAACUUUUUAGUUCUUAGAAAUAGGUAUGAACAACUAAGGGAGUGAUCACUGAAGUUUUUAGACAGUGAGAAGACACUGAAUACAGUAUUUUUCUUUGCUGUAAGUUAGGGUUUGAAUAUGCCUGUCCAAAUUUGAAGUUUGCUGAAAACUAAGCUGUAAGUUUUAUUGCCACUAUGGUCUUGCAAUAAAUUCUAAGCAAUGAGAAAAUCAGCUUCUAAACAGAGGUGCGAGUAUUACACCUGUAGAAGAGCACAAUCUCACUGCUUUUCAGAAGUGCCUUGGCACUGAUCUGUGUCCUUGCAGAACUUGUUCCUAAUUGAUGGCCUUAUUUACCAUAGCUGAACUAAUCCUGGAGAGUCCAGCCUAAGACUUCGCAAUUCCCUCUGGAGGAUAGAGGUGACUACCUCUAAACUACUAAGUUUACCUCUUAAAGGACUCAGAAAGACCUGAUUUUUACCAGAGUAAUAUUUUUCAACAGUGCAGUAGGAAGGCAGUUGCCCAUUAGAAGACUGAUGAAUGGAGAAGGUAAUAGAUCCUCAAGAAUUACUGUCUGCUACAGAAUAAGAGAGUGUACUUGUUCAGGCAAAUUAUGGUUCCACCUAUUUGCAUUUUUUUUGUAGGGUGAAAGGAGUCUCACCAUGCACCUUGCACAGGGAGAAUAGCUAGCAGAAGCAGUUAUAGUCAAAGCAAGCAAAUUUAAUUUUCAGCAUAUUUCCCUCAUUCACAUCUUCUAUGUUUUGUAUAUCAGAAGUUCACAGAAUAAUACAGAAUUGUUUCCCAGUCACCAGUAAGGUGAAACACUUUUUUAAAGGAAAUAACACUUCAAAACCAAGCAACAAGAAAAGCCCAGUAACCCUGAUCAACAGUAAUGUAGUAACAAUAAAAACCAGUAUUUUUGACUAUCAAAAGACAUUAAGAUACAGAGAAUGUGUUGUCACAGUGUUCUUCAAGCAUCGAAUCUCAGUAAUAAGUUUUCAGCACUACAGCUGUUGGUUCUCAAAUAAAAAGGAUGUUUCCAAA